GAACGGUCCGCACUCCCCAGCUUGGGGCUGCUUGGACUCUUCCGGGAGUAGAGCGGAAUGUGGGUGGGUCCCUGCUCCUGAGCCCUGCCUCAUCCCGGAGAUGCUGCACUUGUGAGUGCUCUUCACGAAAGGACAUGGAUGAAAAUGAAAGCAACCAGUCCCUGAGGACAAGUUGCCAAUAUCCUAAAGAAGCAGUAAGAAAGCGCCAAAAUUCACGGAAUUCUGGAGGAAGUGAUUCUUCUAGGUUUUCCAGGAAGAGUUUCAAACUGGAUUACAGACUAGAAGAAGAUGUAACUAAAUCAAAGAAAGGAAAGGAUGGGAGAUUUGUUAACCCUUGGCCAACAUGGAAAAAUCCCUCUAUUCCAAAUGUUCUCAGAUGGCUGAUGAUGGAAAAAGAUCACAGCAGCGUUCCAUGCUCCAAAGAGCUUGAUAAAGAACUCCCAGUGCUUAAGCCGUAUUUUAUCGAUGACCCUGAAGAAGCUGGAGUGAGGGAAGCUGGCUUAAGAGUCACGUGGCUGGGACACGCGACAGUGAUGGUGGAAAUGGAUGAGCUCAUCUUGCUCACGGAUCCCGUCUUUAGCGCCCGGGCCUCCCCGUCGCAGCGCGUGGGUCCCAAGCGGUUCCGGCGUCCCCCUUGCACCGUCGGUGAACUGCCCCAGAUAGACGCGGUCCUCAUCAGCCACAACCACUACGACCACCUGGACUACAGUUCUGUCACUGCUCUGAACGAGCGAUUUGGUAACGAGCUGAGGUGGUUUGUGCCUUUGGGGCUCCUGGACUGGAUGCAGAAAUGUGGCUGUGAGAAUGUGAUCGAGCUGGACUGGUGGGAGGAGAACUGCGUCCCCAGACGUGAUAAGGUGACGUUUGUGUUCACACCUUCCCAGCACUGGUGUAAAAGGACUCUGACGGAUGACAACAGGGUUCUCUGGGGCAGCUGGUCUGUCUUGGGGCCUUGGAACCGCUUUUUUUUCGCAGGAGACACUGGUUACUGCUCUGCUUUUGAAGAGAUAGGAAAAAGAUUUGGACCUUUUGACCUCGCAGCUAUUCCCAUCGGAGCGUAUGAACCAAGGUGGUUUAUGAAAUACCAGCAUGUAGACCCAGAAGAGGCUGUAAAGAUUCACAUUGAUGUGCAGACAAAGAGAUCUGUGGCAAUUCACUGGGGAACUUUUGCCUUAGCAAAUGAGCAUUACUUAGAACCUCCAGUGAAACUGAGUGAGGCUCUAGAAAGAUAUGGACUUAAGACUGAAGAUUUUUUUGUCUUGAAGCAUGGAGAGUCAAGAUACCUUAAUACUGAUGAUGACAACUUUGAGUAAAUAUGAGCACAGGAGCUUUUAAUGAAAAAGGCAUCAUCUGAUAUAAAUCUAAAAAGACUAAGAAAUUCAUGAAUAUUACGAUUUUUACGUUUGGAAACAACUUCUGCAGGUUUGUAAUAUGAUUGCCAGUUCUUAUAAACAGAGUUCAGAGGUGGGUCAUUUAAAU